AUGCCACAACUUGCAGCAUUGCAUGGAAUGGUUUUUGAGGAAAUGGCACACAACAUGCUUGCAAGGGGAGGAACCUUUGACUGUAGAGAACUGACUGAUGACAAUAAUCAGACAUAUUACAGAAGCAGAUUAAUAGCUGAUAGGCUCAAUAUUCAGUACUAUCAUCUUAGUAAUAUUGGGGAUGAACAACACUACUGGAGGCCAAGCUCUGAAAAUGCAGGGUCUAUUGAUGCAAUUUAUGAUGCUGAAUGGCUAUUCCAGAUGACAGUACCAGUAAUAGUAAAUCAUGGCAUCAAGGGUAAGCCAUUAGAUGAUGUCAUCAAGCACCUUGAUAAGCUUUGA